AGAUGACGAUGAAGGCAACAUGCCUCUUUGCUGCUCUUCUCCUGCUCAUCUUCAACGCUUCCUCCGCCUUUGGCUUUGCGCUCAAGACUUCGAACUUGUUGCUCCUGCUGCGGCCGUCAAGUCGCAUUUCGUCGCAGUCCCAGCACAGGAUCCGGGGGGGUAGCUCCCAACCUUCUCCUCCUAACAUGCUCUUCGGCAACUUCUUCGGGGACAAGAACAACGAGGCCGGCAAGUUCGUGCGGCAGUCCAACCUGCAGGGCGUCAACGGGGUCUUCGGACCCCCGGGGCUCAUCGUCGGGGGGCUGGGGGAGGACGAGCUUGAAGUCUUGUCGGAGGUCGUAGAGAGCGCGCUGAGGGUCGACGCCACGACUGCCCCCCAGCUCCCCAUCGCUGUGCUGGGGAAGGAGGACUUCGACGGGAAGACGCUGCUCAAGGACGUCGUGUCUACCUUGAGUGAGCGUGACAGUGUCCUGCCCGACGAACCUGCGCAGCUGAAGUUCCCGAUGAUUAUGAUCUCGGGCCUCAAUCCUAUCCAGGUAUCUGCCUGCGUCAAAGCCAUCGUGGCGUCAGGGAUCAAAGGGGGCAUACCAGGCGGCACAUUCCACACGCCCAUGUGUGCCCUCGUCGUCCCCAAGGCCAUGGACAAGAGCAUGGUGCAGCUGCUGGACGAAGUGGAAGGAGAUCAUUUAGCAAACAGAUAAGAUUACUUUAGCUGGCCGCGUCUGCUUCUCCUGCUUGUCUUUGUUUUUUACAUGUCCUUGUACUUGC